GUUUCCGGUUCUUGUUUGGGUAUACACAGUUAAUUACCUAUGUGCCCGGUGUGAAUAUAAUGCCGGCUCCGGUUACUGUGAGGACCACGCACAAUACACGUCACUGUGUUUGCCAGUAAAGGAGAAGCAUAAUAAUCUGAAUAUCUGGCAAAUUAAAUUGGGCUGAACAAGGCAAUGUCUGACAAGACUGAGAGCCAAACCUCAGACCUUCCUGAUGCACACGGCGGCCAUGUGACGACUUCAGCUGGCUCAGAGGUUCAGCACAGAGGAAAACCGUAUUCGUAUGAUCACAUGAAGACUGAGGAGGACGAAGUUCCUAUAAAUGCGUCUAAAGACGAAGAUGACGCUGAAAUAGUGAAAUGUGAGAUAACAGAAGAUUUGUGUGUGAGGCAACAGCUGGAAGCCCAGGAUGAGGAAACCAGCGGCAGUAUCAGCACAGAUGAAGAUAAUGCUCAUAUAGUGAAAGUUGAGCAAACAGAAGAUCUGGGAUCCCCGGAUGAGGAAAGCAGUGACAGUAUCAGCCCAGGCUGCAUGGAUGUGACGCCUGCAGCUGCCUCAGCGGUUGGGCACGGAGGAGAACCAUAUGUGUUCGAUCACUUAAAGAUGGAAGAGGAUGACAUUCCUAUCAAUAUGGCUGAAGAUGGCUCUGUUAGCUGGGAUAUUGCUAGUCAAGGGCGGAGUCUAAUUGAAGAUCAAAGAAGCCAUCUGAGAAAUAAAUUGUUUUCACCUUUUGAAUGUGGAGAAUUUUUAACCAAGGAAACAAUUCUUACUGCACAUCAGAGAAUGCAUACAGGAAGAAAAGUAUUGUCAUGUUCUGUAUGUGGGAAAUAUUUCACCCAGAAAUCACAUCUUAUUAGUCAUCAGACAAUUCACACAGGAGAAAAACCAUUCUCAUGUACUGAAUGUGGGAAAUGUUUUACCCAGAGUUCAAGCCUUAAUAGACAUCAGAAAACUCAUACAGGAGAGAAAGCAUUUUUAUGCUCUGAAUGCGGGAAAUGGUUUACCCAAAAAUACAGUCUACUUAUACAUCAGACAAUUCAUACAGGAGAGAAACCUUUUUCUUGUUUGGAAUGUGGAAAAUGUUUUCGUGAGAAAAAGGCUCUUUAUAGUCACCAGAAAAUUCAUGCAGGGGAGAAUGUAUUUUCAUGUUCUGAGUGUGGUAUACACUUUGCUCAGCAAUCAACUCUUAUCACUCAUCAGAAAACUCAUUCAGGAGAGAGAGUAUAUUCAUGUUCUGAAUGUGGAAAAUCUUUUUCCCAGAAAUCAAGUCUUGUUACACAUCAGAAAAUUCAUACAGGAGAGAAAGCAUUUUCAUGUUCUGAAUGUGGUAAAUGUUUUACCCAGAGAUCAAGUCUUAUUAAUCAUCGGAAUAUACAUACAGGAGAGAAAGCAUUUUCAUGCUCUGAAUGUGGGAAAUGUUUUACCCAGAAAUCAACUCUUAUUGGUCAUCAGAAAACGCAUAAAAAAGAGAAAGCAUUUUCAUGUUCAGAAUGUGGGAAAUAUUUUAGUUGGAGAUCCAGUCUUAUUAGCCAUCAGAAAAUUCAUACAAGAGAGAAAGCAUAUUCAUGUUCUGAAUGUGGGAAAUGUUUUACUUGGAAAUCUUGUCUUAUUAGUCAUCAAAAAGUUCAUACAGGAGAGAAAGCAUUUUCAUGUUCUGAUUGUGGGAAAUAUUUUACCCAGAAAUCCAAUCUCAUUACUCAUAUGAAAUUUCAUACAAGAGAGAAAUCAUUUUCAUGUUCUCAAUGUGGAAAAAGUUUUACCUGGCGAUCCAGUCUUCUUAAACAUCAUAAAAGUCAUGCAGGUGAAAAAGCAAUUCCUUAUUCUUAAUGUGGGAUAUAUUCCCCCCUCCCCCAAAAAUAAAUGUUAUUGCUCAUUAGUUCAUUUAGUGAUAUUUUACCAAUACCAUUAAAAUAAUAGGUAUAAUUUAAAGGAUUAGCUAUUAAAUUAUGUGAAACCUCAAGAAAAUGUAUUUUUUUAUUUAAAAAAAUAUCCCCUAUUAACCUAGCAUAAUUCUCAACAGAUAAGACCAGGUUUACCAGAAUAAUCUAACAAAAGUAUUGUAACUAAAAAAGGUCAACCAGACGGUAUUAGCUCAACUUAUGUAAAGAAAGACUCUCAAAUAUAUAUGCAAUUGUAUAAAUGAUAUUAGUAGUUCAGUUGCUGUUUAUACAGUUUUAAUAUUUGUGAGAAAAUAUGUUUUUAAAGUUACGGUGUUCUGAGAGGUUUAAAGUAUUGCGUUAUGCAUAGAAUGUAUAUGGGCAAUUUAUUCUACUCUCAUUUAGAGUGGUCUCUUUUUUUAAUUUAUUUCUAUAUAGCUGUAUAGAGCCAGUAAAAGUUGAUAAUUUAUUUUUUGUUAAAUAACCAUGAUGUACCAAUUGUUUAUAAAAUAUUUGCUUUAAAACACAUCAGUAUUAUCAACCAAGGUUUAAACCCUCUAGUGUUUAUACAAUAAGAGACUUUCUGUGGUCAUGUGGAAAUCACAUGGAUGUUUAUGGAUCUGUGUACCAAUAAAAUAUUGAUGGAGUCAUUUAACUCUGCCAGAGACUUUGAGUUGAGCUAAAAUAUCAAAACAUGAGUUCCUUGUUAAAGUAUGACAUUUCAGAAUUAAAAAUUAGACAUUGUAUUGUACAAGCAAUAGUUUGUAAUAUAGUUUAUCUAGGCAUUGUUACUGACCUCUCUUAUGGGUUAUUUGGAUAAAGGAGUUUUCUUUGUUCCUGAUUCACCUAAGGUGAAGUAAAGUUAUUUUAUUUUUAAA